AUGUCUCUCGCUUUCCUCGUCGCUUUCCUUUCCGUAACGAUAUCCGCGUCGACGCCGACGAUACAAAAUUUAGUAAACGUCGAGGUGAUAGAAUAUCUACAGAAAUAUGGUUACCUGAACGAGGUGGACGUAACCACUCACACGUCGAUCGAAGAUGAACAAAUUAAACAGGCUAUCGCAUUAUUCCAAGAAUACUAUCAAAUACCAGAUAACGGUGCGUUGAACGAUAAUACAUUACAUCAAAUGCGACAACCGCGAUGCGGGUUACCGGAUAUGUCACACCAGGAACAAAAUAGUGUUGUAGCGAAAUGGAGAAAAACGCAUCUUACGUGGAACUUCCACUUGGCAGACGCAGAUACAUUGAAAACUACGGCACACGCAUGGCUUCUUCACAUUUUAAUAUCGUACCGCGAAGGAUUUCAUACAUACGUCGAUAGCAGACGCAAUGAGAUCUGUUCCGGUUUGUUCGACGGACCUGGUGGAGUACUCGGACACGCGUUUGCACCUACGAACGAUCUCGUGCAAACCACAGAGAUACACAUAGACGGAUCGGAACAUUGGCAUAUAUAUUUAAACGAAAAUGUACCAGACAACAAAGUGCAUUUGCUUUACACGUUAACGCACGAGAUCGGACAUUCAUUGGGAAUGUCGCACAGUACAUAUAGAGAUUCCAUAAUGUUUCUUUACGUCACCAAUAAUACCGUUAAACUCAGCCUAGAGGACAGUUUAGCUAUUCAACGUCUGUACGGAAUAAAAAAACCUAAUGUAGUGCCGAGUACACGAUCACCACCUGUAACAACUAACACAACGAAAACAACAUCAAACAAAAGAGAUCUGUGCGAUCUACAGUAUAAAGGACCAAUCGCGCUAAACGAUUAUCUUCCGGCGAAUGUUUCCAUAAACGCUGCGUAUCAACGACCAUCUGGAGAAAUUGUAAUAUUCGCGAAUAAUCAAAUUUACAUGAUAGACUAUCCGAGUUUACGAUUGAAGGACGGUUGGCCGAAACGACCAUUCGACUUAAAGUUACCCACGAACAUGCACGUUAACGCAGCAUUGGUCACCAAUAGAGGACAAACGUACGUGAUCUUUAAUGACGAUAGCGUAGCGUUACUGAACGAAUGCGAUAUGACCGUUAACGGAUAUCACACGUUACAGUCGAUAUUUCCAGGAAUACCGCCAUCUCCUACUCUAGCCUUCCGAUAUAUCGACGGUUCUCUUUAUUUCCUACAUAAACGUCAAUAUUACAAAUUUAACGAAUUCACCAGAACGGUAACGAAUGCUGAUAAAUUCGACAUGAACAUACUGAACGUUAAUUGUCCCACAGACGGAUUACUCAAGCAAUUGCAGGAUCUUCUUACUCGACUGCUCCAAUCAAGUAAUUCACUCACAAGCACCGCGUUGAAUACAGAGGACGAUUAA